AUGGCUUCGCCUGCCCAGGGUAUCUCAUGUUUCUGACAGUCAGCUGUUGCAGGAAAGUUUGAUCGGUCUUAUUUUCUCUCUCUCCCUUCAGAGCUCUCUUUCAGUCCUUAAUCGCUUCUAUCGACACAAAAGAAGAGGAGAAAAGUCUUCCGGCACCAAACUUCCGCAACUAUCGGCAUGAGUUUGAACGAGCACUCGCUGCAGGCGCUGUCAUGGAGGAAGUUGUACUUAAGCCGAGCCAAACUCAAAGCCACCAGCCGCACUUCAGCCCUUUUGUCAGGCUUCGCGAUGGUUGCCAUGGUGGAGGUACAACUGGAAAGGGAUUAUACUUACCCUCCAGGGCUGCUGAUAGCGUUCAGUGCCUGCACCACAGUGCUAGUGGCAGUGCACCUUUUUGCGCUCAUGGUCAGCACCUGCAUCCUCCCUAAUCUCGAGGCCGUCAGCAACGUUCACAACCUCAACUCUGUGAACGAGUCGCCACAUGAGCGCAUGCAUCGCCACAUCGAGCUGGCCUGGGCCUUUUCCACCGUCAUCGGCACCCUCCUGUUCCUCACCGAGGUGAUGCUGCUCUGCUGGGUCAAGUUUUUGCCCCUUAAGAGCAACACGGAGAACAACGGCACCAUUAGUCCCGGCCAAGCCGCAGCCAUCGCGUCCACUUGCAUCAUGGUGCCUUUCGGAUUGGUUUUUAUCGUCUUCGCCGUUCACUUUUACCGCACGCUCGUCAGUCACAAAACAGACCGGCAAAUCCGAGAACUGGAGCAGGUCAUCCGGCUGCAGAACCAACUGGACCACAGGACGGAAAACGACGAGCUGAAGGCUGUAAGCCAUUUCGCUUGACCGAUGUUCUUGCUUGGAAGAGCUGGGGACAUUUCAGCCAUGCUUUUAGUUACAGGAAUAUCAUUUUAUUGUCUUUUUUUAAUCUGCACUGAAGCUUUGGCGAGUUCAUUCUCACAUUUUUAAGCGUUUUAGUAGGAAAACAAUUUCUGUCCUUAGGUCAUGCUGCGUUUUUGUUCCUGCAGCCAUCACGAGAUUGAAUACAAAACCCUACUGAAAGACGUCCAUAUUAGUGAUAGUUAUAGCAAUCGAUGAGUCACUAUUGUUUGAAUGAAGGAGUUACAGUGUGAAAUUAGCUUUAUAUGCACUGUUGGAAAAGUAGGUCGGUGGCACAAGCAGGAUGGUGUAGUUAAAGUGAAAGUACCGAUGAUUGUCACACACACACUAGGUGUGGCGAAAUUCUGCACAUUGACACAAGCGAUGCCUGACAAAGGACAGUUUAUUCACAAUGUUACAUGUGGGAAAGAAAUAUGUGUGGAAUGAAUAUCCAAGUCCAAAGCAAAUACCUGAAGCAGAUGUAUACAGCUUUACUGUAUAAGUCUAUGCAAGACUGUUCCAACUUUGGAGCAAAGGCUGGCAGCUCAGUGGAAUAUCUAAAAAGGGCAAAAUCGAAAAAAUAUCAUCACAUAUUGUACAGUCGACACCAAGGGUGCCCAUUACGUCGACUGCGAGCUACCGGACGAUGGAGGAGGGUGUGCCAGUCGAUCGCCAGACAGGCAUUAAAAAAAAUAGACCUAAAAAUUAGCGAUCAUCAAUCUUCACCAAGACGGCACUUGAUUGACAUUCACGGCACCCGAGGGUCCUCUGAGAUGACGCUGGCUGCCGCAAGCUCAUUAUUGAGAAAAAAUGACCCACAACAAUCCCCAAAAACGCCCGCGAAAUCCUAGAGGGACUUAAUAAUUAAAUCCUCCAGACUUAAAGUAGGAGGUAAUUAAUAUGGUGGAGUUUCAAAGUUAUAUGGUUAUAAAAAAACAUUUUUUUUUUAAGUGCCAUGUUAGUGUUGAUAAUGUGCAUUUAUUAGGAAAAAAAAGGUUAUGCAAACAACAUUUUUUCAGUGUGUUUUUUUGUUGUUGUCCGAUUACUCGAUUAAUCAAACCAACUAAUCAAUAGAGUACUCGAUUUGUAAAGUAUUCGAUAGCUGCACCCCCUCUUGCUGCCUGUUUCAAGUCAUCAUUUGUCAAUGCAAGGUGACUGAUUGGUAAUAUUGAUAAGAAUGAUGACGGUGUAUCAGUACAGUAUGUCACUUAUAAUAUCACAUGGUGCGUGGAAAUAUGGUGUUAUUCAUUUUUAUGGUUCCUUCAAUGUCGCUACUGAAUGUCGCAAAAUCCAAACUGAUUUACCAAAUACAGAUUAUUGUCAUUGUAAAUUAUAUUUGGAGCACCAAUGUAAAAGUUAUGUAAAAAAAAAAAAAAGUUACAACGACCCUAAGGAGUGUUACAUAAUGUCGUCUCGUAAGGUACGUUAUUUUGUGGAAGACUUGUCUUCAUUUCUCUGAGUAGCACUUUCUUUUUGUAAAAUUCACAAUUCAUAUAAUUAAUAAUCGAAAUGAGCCGAAAACCUCAAUCUUUUACGGUCCUAACAUCGUUGCCUGAAGAAAAUGUUAAUAGAAAUAAUAUAAAAUUUGUGGAAUUCUUUCAACUGCAUUGAAGUACUGCAUGUUUGUUGGACGUCUUUCAAUGCAAUCUGUUAUAGUUGAUAGUUUACAUACUUUAGCAUGCUCACAUGUUACAUUUUAGCAAUGACGUGGUUUGACUAGUGGUUGAAUUGUGUGACUGUGUUUUGGUUUUAUUCUUUUAUGCAGCUUCAGAGCCUUCGGUUACGCUCGAAUGAAAUAUGCAAAUAGAAAUAUCACUUAUUGUGUCCUGUGGGCAAAGAGCCACUCAGCCCAGAUAAUGUGCCUUCUUUUAAACAGAGCAUUGUUCUUCAGGUUGACAUGUGUUCUUUAUUUAUUCAGCAGUUGUAUAUACAGAAGAAGGUCAACGCAUGUGUUUUACUAUGACCACUUGGUAUUUGCUUUACCAGGGAUUGUUUGUUGUUGUUGUUGUUGCCAAUUUCAAAAUAAAACACAU